AUGCAUCUUCGAUCGAUUCUUCGACAUCGAACUGUACUUUCUACAUCUUUUCGUAUUCUUCAAAAUUAUUCGCCAACUGUUUCAAAUCAAUCAAAUUAUCAUCAUUUGAUUCAUCAAAAACCUGUCGGUCGUACAUCAAUACCUAUUCAACGAUAUUUAGCUACAAAUGCUAAGCCCGAUAGUACGACAUCAUCAACUGGCGCAGAAAAACAUCAAUUCCAAGCUGAAACUCAACAACUGUUGCAUAUUGUUGCAAAAUCUCUCUAUUCGGAUAAAGAAAUAUUUAUUCGUGAACUAAUUUCCAAUGCAAAUGAUGCAUUAGAAAAAUUACGUUAUAUGCAAUUAGCAUCUGGUGAUCAAAGUAUAACUGAUGAUAAACGUGAAAUUUAUAUUACAGUUGAUGAUAUUAAUAAUACAUUAACGAUCAAAGAUACUGGUAUUGGUAUGACGAAAAGUGAAGCAAUCGAUAAUUUAGGUACAAUUGCUCGAUCAGGUUCCAGAUUAUUUCUUGAAGAAUUAAAAAAAGAUAAAGAUGCUGCCGAUGAAGGAAAAAUUAUCGGUCAAUUUGGUGUUGGUUUUUAUUCAGCAUUUAUGGUAUCGAAAUCUGUUGAUGUUAUAACUCGAUCAUACAAAGCAGGUGAACCUGCUUAUCGAUGGACAUCCGAUGGAUCGGGUUCAUAUGAAAUCGAACCUCUGGUUGAUGAGGUCGAACGUGGAACAGCUAUUCGAUGUUAUUUACGCGAUGAUUGUGCUGAAUUUGCCAAAGAAGAAACUAUCAAACAGAUCGUAAAAAAAUAUAGCAACUUUGUCUCGGCACCGAUUUAUAUCAAUGAUGUUCGUGUCAAUAAUCUUCGUGCUUUAUGGAUGGAAGAUCCUAAAUCUAUCAGCGAAGAUGAACAUACAGAAUUCUAUCGAUUUGUUACUGGUCAAUAUGAUAAACCCCGAUAUACAUUGCAAUAUAAAAUUGAUGUACCAAUCAAUCUGAGAGCAUUGAUUUAUAUACCGCAAUAUAAACCAAAUAUUUUUGACGUAACUCAAGAAGCUGAUGUAGGUAUUGCUCUAUAUAGUCGAAAAGUAUUAAUUCAAGCUAAAGCUAAUCAACUUUUACCACGAUGGCUUCGAUUUGUUAAAGGUGUUGUUGAUAGUGAAGAUGUCCCGCUAAACUUAAGUCGUGAACUUUUACAAGAUAGUAAUCUCAUUCGAAAAAUUCGUUUAUUAUUAACACAACGUAUUACACGUUUUCUUCAAGAACAAGCGAAAAAAGAUAAAGUUAAAUAUCAAGAAUUUUAUGAAGAUUAUAAAUUGUUUUUCAAAGAAGGCAUUGUUCGAACGGCUGAUCAAGGUGAAAAAGAAGAUAUUGCUAAAUUAUUACGUUUUGAUUCAUCACGUGAAGAACAUGGAAAUCUAAUUAGCCUUGACGAAUAUAUUGAACGCAUGAUGCCAGAACAAAAGCAUGUCUAUUAUUUAGCCGGACCAUCACGAGAGUUAUGCGAAAAUUCACCCUAUUAUGAAGCUAUUAAACAGAAAGGUUAUGAGGUUCUCUUCGUCUAUGAAUCUCACGAUGAAGUUUUACUUAUGCAAUUAGCUGAAUUUGAUAAGAAAAAAUUAAAAUCAGUUGAAUCCGAACUUGAAACUGAUACAAAAAAAGACGAUACCAUUCUUGAAGGAGGUAAGAUAAAAUAUUUUAUUUGUUAG